GAGGGGAGGGGGCGCGGAGUCCCGCCCGGGCUCAGCUCGGAGAGUCGGAGCUGCGCCGCCUUAAAGCUUGUAGCCGCGCAAAGAAGGGGCGCUUCUGAUCCGUGCGCGCCGGGCUCUCCCACCCGCCCAGCCCUCCUGUCAGUGUCCCAGGGAAGAGCCGGGAGACCCCCGGCAGGGCAGCUCUGGAACAGCCGUCAGGAUCACAGCGGCUGGAGCAGAGGCGUGAGCUCCCCAGCCCGCUCAAGCCCCAGAGCCGAAGGGAGCUGGGGGAAACUGUCCCGUGUCUGGCAGAUGGCAGCGUGACGAUGGAGAGCAAGGACAUGGACAGCUAUCUGCGGCGCCUCAAGCAGGAGCUGGUAUCCAUGAAAGAGGUAGGGGAUGGGCUCCAUGACCAGAUGAACUCCAUGAUGGGGGCCCUGCAAGAACUGAAGCUCCUACAGGUACAGACGGCUCUGGAGCAGCUAGAGAUCUCGGGGGGCGACGGACCAACUCCUCUGUCUGCAAUGGGCCCCGCCCCCGGCUUCCUGCAGGGCCCCAGGACUCAGCCUGAGCCCCCCAGGUGGGCAGGCAGCAGGGGCUCGGCCAGGCCCAGGGCCGGCUCUCCCCCCAGCCCGCUCCCCCUCGGCAGCACCAAGCUCUCCUCCUGCAGAAGCGCCCACGGGGCCGGCCCAGCCCCUCCUGCCAGGACUUGGGAGUCGGAGAGCCCAGGCUUCCUGCAGCCGAGGACAGAGCGGGCUGAGCCCGACGACUGGACCUCCACCCUGAUGUCUCGAGGCCGCAACCGGCAGCCGCUGGUCUUGGGGGACAACGUCUUCGCCGACCUGGUGGGCAACUGGCUGGACUUACCGGAACUCGAUAAGAAGGGCGGGGAGAAAGGCGACGGGGGCGGGGGAGCCGGGGGGCCAGAGGCCGGAAGCAGGCAGCGGGAUCUGGGCCGGAGGUUCACCCUGACCGCCAACAUCUUCAGGAAAUUCUUGCGCAGCGUUCGGCCGGACAGAGACCGGCUGCUCAAGGAGAAGCCGGGCUGGAUGACCCCAACGGCCCCCGAGCCCCCAGCCGGACGCUCCAAGAAAGUCAAGAAACGGGGCCACUUCAAGGGAGCCGGCUACUUCCCCUUCCCCAGCAGUGGGGGCAACGGGCAGGGAGAGAAGCCUUCUUCAAGCUGCCCCAAGGCCCUGGAGCCCCCGGCCUCUGGCUUUGACAUCAACACAGCUGUGUGGGUCUGAGCCCCGGCACUUGCCAUGGCGGAGGCCAGGCUGGGCCGGGUCAGGUCGAGAUCCCAUCGGCCCCAGCCCUGAACGCCUUCCUUUAAAUGUUUCCCCAAAAAGCAGGGGAGGGGGCUGGGCAGAACUAGGCCCUGUCAUCCCAGGAGGCUGAGACUGCCGGCCGGCUCGCCCUGACAGAGACGCGGUCUCCGGACCAGGAAACCUUGCUAGCUUGGGACGGACUCGGGAACACGGUGUGAAUGUGUGCGUGUGUUUGGGGGGGGGGGGGAGAGACGACCCGAGGACGCCUUUGGGGAAUCCCCCGCCAUCGACAUCGGUGCCCUGGCAGGGGCUUCGGAGGCUCCGAGGAAGGUGGGUGUGUGUCCAGCCCUACAUCCAGACCAGGAAAGUGAGAACCCCUGAGACCCCCCCAAUAAAGACAUUUUAUCUUCAGGCCCCCA